AUGCUCAUAUUGAAAUCGUCAUUCAGGUAUUUAGGCCCUGUUGUCAUUCCUUGGAAGCCAAAUCCUUAUUGGCGGGAGGCAGUACGGAAACGUCGUGCAGGUGCUGCAGGAUUCACCCCUGACUCUGCGAAAGCAAGUACAGGUGCAGACGGGAGCGUUGGAGGGAUAGGCAAGCGCGAUACCAUCAACUCCGGCCCCCAACUCUCAGGUAUCCAAUUCAGCAACAAGGAAGUCAAGGUCGACACAAGCAAGGCGUUUGCUGACGAAGAGACAAAUAUGAUGGUAGAAGAACAUGCAAAAGUAGACAUUGCAGAAGAGACGGAAGACCAAAAAGCCCUUCGUGCGCUGCUAGCUGGGUAUAUGGAGGCGCCCCAGAUUGAGUCUAUUCCUGUUCCUCCCAGCAAAACCGACGACAAGACCCGCUAUGCUCUGCGGCAUGGAUUGGGUGGACGGUGGGCUGUUACAAGCUCAGAAAGAGCGAAAAAGAAUGCGCUGGUAGAGCCUUACCUACCGAAAUCACGCCUUGCACUCUUGGGUAUUGGAGCAAAGGAACAGGAGGUGCUGGAUGACGGCAGUAAGAAGAAACGGAGGGGAUGA